AUGAAGUACUUAAAAUACCCAUGUAAUAAUUUAUCUAAUUUACCUUUCUCCUGGACCACCGGACAACAGGAAUUCAUAGCAACCAACAGCAACUCUCAAUCGAUUUUGUUCCUCAUCAUCCUCUCAUUCCCAGUCUUCGCCAUUGCCGGAAUCAAGGAGGGACACCACAUGGUCACAAUUGAUCUUCCCGGUUCCGGUUACUGGAAGGCCACUGGAAUUGAUAGGAAAAUCAUAGCUUCUAAAACCAACCAUGUAAUAGGGAUAAAGAAGACCCUGGUUUUCAAUAGGGGAAAGCCUCCUCACGGGUCUAGAAUUGAUUGGAUCAUGCAUGAAUAUCGUCUAGCUGGCUCUAACUCUACAAUUGUUCCCUGCAUUUUCCCACAAAAUAAAAACCCAACCCAAGAUUCUACCAUGCAAGUGGAAGAUUGGGUUCUUUGUCACAUAUUUUUGAAGAGAAGGACAACUAAAAAUGAUGAAGAGAUCUUCUCCCAACCUUUAAAGGAGAAUAGAGUUAGGAAUAUUGAGACGGCUAGGCCUAGUUUCAUUGAUUUUUUGAUGGUCAGUGACAGGAGCGAGCCAACUCCUGCUCCUUCUUUAUAUUCUUCCUCGUGUUCAGAAACAUCGGCUCGUUCAUUGUGGAAGAAAUUAGAAAGGUUGUAUGAACGGAAGAUUACUGAAAAUAAAGCCUUUCUAAUUAAAAAACUUGUAAACCUGAAGUACAGAGAAGGAAGCUCAGCUGCAGAACAUUUGAAUGAAGUGCAAAGUAUUAUGAACCAGCUCUCCACUAUGAAUGUUGUAUGA